UGAACCCUAUAUUCAUCCCUGAAUCCACUCCUCUCUCGUUUCUUUUUAAAGAAAAGUCUCCUCUGCCCCCGCCACUUCUCUCUCAUGUCUUCUUCCUCUUCCCCCCAACUUUCAAGGAUCUCUUAUCAUUUCUUUUCUCCACUUCUUCUUCUCUCACAUUCUCCCCCUCUUUCCCUUUUCAUCAUUUCACAACCCCUUUUAGCUGCUCCGCUUCUCUCUGCACACACUCACACACACCAUGGCGAAUGCCUCAUCUGGAAUGCAAGUGGAAGAUGAUUGCAAGCUCAAGUUUUUGGAUUUAAAAGCAAAAAGAUGCUACCGAUACAUUAUUUUCAAAAUUGAGGAUCAGGAAGUGGUGGUGGAGAAACUCGGGAGCCCCAACGACAGCUACGAUGAUUUUCAAGGCUCUCUUCCCGCUGAUGAGUGCCGUUAUGCUGUCUUUGAUUAUGAUUACACUUCGACUGAGAAUGUCCCCAAAAGCAAGAUUUUCUUCAUUGCUUGGUCACCGGAUACCUCCAGGGUGAGAAAUAAGAUGGUGUAUGCAAGCUCUAAGGAUAGAUUCAAGCGGGAGCUGGAUGGAAUUCAAGUCGAGAUGCAGGUCACAGAUCCCAGUGAGAUGAGUCUGGACAUCAUAAAAGGACGUGCCAUUUAAAAAAUUGGGCGAAACUAUUGAGUUUUUACUUUAUUCUCAGCUGCCAUGCAACUGUAGCGGCAUAUUAUGGUUGGAACAUUUGUAUUUUUUUUUCCUUUUGGCCUAUGUUGAUUAUACAAAACCAUGUAGCAGAACUAAUGCGAUCUUUUGAUUAUUUCUUUUGUAAUGUUCAAGACACUUCAGUAUUGUCUCAUUGAUCUUGCACAUAUAUAUUAUACAAUACUUUAAUUGCUUGACUAAA